AUGAGGAACCCUGCUUUAGAUGGUUUGAGCAAUGCGUGCGUUGUUUCGAUGAGUACAUCUGUAUCGUUCGCUAUGCUACAUGAAUUGUAUUCGCCAUCGCAUCGCGUUCAAUUGGAAGAAGGCGCGAAUGAGCCAUCGAUUGCACUCACAACAGCGCAAUCGACACAGUCCGUUAAAACUGCGAUUCCGUUAACGAAUGAAACUGAUAACAGUAAUAAUGAAAGCAAUCAACGAGCUGAGGCAAAGGCUCAGACUGAAGAAGCUACAGCAAUCCAAAGUACCAGUCCUCUGGCCACAGCUCAGGCGCCUACAUCACCCGCGCUGGUGACACCUCAGGAAGCUAAGGUACUAAAUGAGCCUACAUCACCCUCGCUGGUGACACCUCAGGAAGCUAAGGAUGCUACACCGGCAUCAGACGAAGCUGCUGCAGAGAGUGGUCCGGGCUUAGAUGGCUCCACCACCGAUAGUAAACCAGUUGCAAAUUCACAAUCGGCCACCACACCGCAGCAGCCCAGCUCAACUCCUGUCUUGAAGACGGCUGAAGAAACCACAGUAACAAGUCCAUCAGGUGUAGCCGUAGAUUCCGUACCCACUGAACCAUCGAACGCGGAGAUGCAACCGAGAGCAGGGUUGAUUUUUUGUGGGAGGAGGGGGGGGGGUCCUUGGGUGGGAUUCUUCAAUGACGACGAGGAAUUUAAAACUGAAGAGAAGGAGCUCAAUCCGGUUGAAGAGGAGACGGUUGCUAUUUGA